CACUUGUCCUCUUUAAAUUUAUCCGUCCAAACCCGCAGAAAAGAGACAGCGCGACAGAAGAGGGGCAGCAGGCCGUAUUACCUAAUCCUGGCAGCCCUAACUUACCCCGCCAUCCCACACACAACGCGCAGACACUCAUCAGACACACACCGUGUAUGUUUUUUCUAUUCUUAUCUACCUACCUACAUGGUAUCCCACUACUCCUGGCUGGUGCUGACAAUUAUUCCAUAGUUACUCAAUGCUGCUUCCUGCCCAUUGCCAAGGGGAUAUAACGAUCCAGCUUCUCUCUCGUCUCUUGCUUCGUGGUGGAUAAACUAGCUGGACUACAACCUCUAUACGGAGCACCUUGUACGGUUUAGACAUAACGCGAUAUACCGGGCCCGCUACUGGAAAACACCACGGGGGAUCUCUUUCAGGUUGAUUUCGUCACAUGGCUGCAUGUUUUCCGUCAAGAAUACGACCUGCGGGGAAGACAGACGGGGGAAGGGCUGAAUGGGCGGCGGUGCUAUCAGCCCUUCUUCCCACACCUGAACUGCAAUGGCUAUACUAUACUAGAAAUCCUUGACACCAUUCCCAGCUAUAAUAUUGCAUCUGCACAGAUGGUCGGAUGAUGGGCCCAAUAGUCAUAUCGAUAGGAUAAAAUGGAAAGAAAUAAACACUCUCUAUCUCAAGAACUCUGUCGAUACACAUACAUUUGACCCAAGGGCCAGCCAGUGGUAACCGUGCCCCCGGAUUUCCCAAAGGGUCGACGUCUUUCAUCAGCUCCUGGCGGUCAUCAAUGUGAUAGUGACGGGGAGUCUCAUCGUUGCUCCCAAAUGCAUGCUCAUGCCAAUGGCCUCCUGCUGCAUGGUAUUCAUGAACCAAAGAGAAGUGCAAUCCAAGCGUAGUCGAUUCAUGACCCUUCUUGUGGUUUCCAGCGAGGAGUUUGUACCAUUGACGCCUCCUCCGACUUGAGAUGCAAAGGAACCAUUGAUGGAUUUCUAUCGCCUUUCGAGGGAAUAAGUUGGUAUCUUGUCUCUGAUCCUGGAAAUCAUGGUUACCUGUCAUCAUGAAACUCUAGUCGGAAGCCCUCCGUGAAGCAUUCCGAGGCAACUUAUAUCGUUGACCCUGUGUUCACGGCUCAUCGUGCGGUAUCUAUUAUGAAAAAAGUGAAUAUAUUUUCAGAAAGAGGGACCAACAGGGUAUUAGGGGGAGUCCCUUUCAUUUAAUACUUUAUCAGAUUCAUCCAUGAGACCAGUGGGCAAAGUCGGUUUCAUGGCAAUCCAACUCCGCUAGUCAGUCAUGAUGUUUCAUCUGGCUGGUAUUGAGACUGUCAGCAAAUUUCUUCCAAUAACUACGCUAGAAGACACUUGGAAGCCAAUAAACAAAUUCAACACCUAAACAGCGAAUCAAAAUUAAACUUGCCUCAAAAUAAAUCGUUGGCCAAGCGGAGCGGGUAACUUAAGUUACCGCUAACUAACUAAUUGGCCGCGAUAACCCUGUUCUGUCUUCAAAGUAGGCAAGGUCUGAAUACAACCGUCUCAAAACUCCCCCACCCCCAGGGACCUCGAAGGCGCUGAGCCAUUGACGAAGCGACGAGAUGAGUGAAUUGCAUCUGAGAUCUUAACAAAUGGGUGACAGGUGCACUAACUCUCCCCUGCUGAGUCUGGCCAUCAUCAGCAUCCAUAGAUGUAAUAUGGCAUUUUGGCACGAAUAAAUAUUCGACCAGCGCGCGUGGACAGGGAACCUUGCAGCGCCAGGAAGAAGACCCUUGGGGGCUGGUGUGAUCUCAUCUCCUUCAGCGCCUAGUUACCAUUGCUUACGCUCCGAAGAGUUCGCUUCGAGAAUAUGUGGCAUCUAGGGUAUCUAUCAUCAGUGGGAUAUGCCGCUAUGAUAAUAAUUGCUGACCCUAAUGCAAUUUCUUAUUCUCUCAGCAGUCGAACCGUUCCAAGGUGUGUUUCAGCAGUCUAGAUUGCUGCAACACCCCAAUCCACCCCAUACCCAUGUCCACGCAACCUGCGACAUGGCCUGAAUGGUCAAAGUAACUACUGUAAAUGGAGGAGAACACCGACCAGCCUCCUGUCGCAAACUCCACUCCUCCCGCCGUGUACCCUCUCCUCUGAGCCUCCCGUAGUCGUGACACUGUUACGCUAUUUUUGUCCCUCAUUUUGGCUUCUAUUCUUUCUAUUCUUUCUAUUGUUUAGAUCCUACUUUCCUUCUUUUUUAUUCUGUGUUCCAUUCCUCCGACUUCCGCUGCCUUCUUCAAUUCUCUACAUUCAUUUUUCACUCGAUUAUCGCUUUCUGGAAAGCCGUCCAUUCAUUUCCUUUUAUUUUCUUAUUUCUAUUCUUGACGCUGGGCCCUUUCGGUAUUCUUGUCCGCAAGUGUCAUUCAUUAUCCAAUAGCCAGGUUUAAACCAACCUUAUGAGCAACCAUUGAAAUAACCAUGAAAGCCUUGAACACCAGGCAGCGUGCAAAUACAACUGGUGACACCAUACCACGGCCAAGAUUCAAUAACCCAGAUGCUUUCCCCCAAUCUGGCCUACAGGAUAAUGGGCAGACCUCUACCAGUAACACUGUCCGUAAACGAAACAAUACCGUUAAUGCACAUGCUGGCUCGCAACGAGCGGGCUGGAAUGCCCCUCACACUCCCGCCUUUGAUUUCCAGCUGUCAACAGCACCGGAAGCAGCACAUUCCUUACAGUCCCAGGAAAAUAUUUCAUCGGACGAUAGCACGACGAUGAUAGGCGUGGCAGUUGGGAGCCCCACUAUGCACAGGACCGCCGAGUAUGCACGGUUGCAUGCAGUAUCCCCAGUGGCCAUAGAUUUCGAUUCGAUGGGCGUAGCGGGCUCUGCAGAAUCAGAAAGUUCGGGAACUAAACCGAGCAAAUGGAAGAAAAUCAGCGACUUUUUCAAGGCUAAGAAUUCACUGCAACAACACCAACAACAAGAACAACAACAACUUGAACAUCAUUCUGAUGAUCGACUAGCAACCUCUCAUGAAUGCCGCACUCCACUAGCGGAUUCUCGUUCCGUUCAGAACCGUGAAGCGUCAUCUGAAGCUCACACGCCGUGGGAUGAUCAUGAAUUUGAACACCGUAUGGGUAAACCUUCACGGGAGUUAGCGAAAGAUAUGUCGAGAUCACCUAGGGGGAAGGAACCUAGGAAAUUGGUCAAGUAUGUGGAGCCACCGAAGCCUAAUAAAAGCGCUCCUCACCGUGAUAAACCGAUAGCGAAGCUUUCGAAACCAGAAGAAGUAUUUCAACCCUCGGAGCCAGAGCAUGUCUCUCGUUCGUUGCUAAAUGUUGAAAUCCCUGAGGUUCGCUUGGAAAGAUACAGUGUGAUGUUUGGAAGUGUCUUGGGCAAGCCGCCUUCUACAACGCUAUUGGCUAGACGUAGCAAAACGCUUGAUAUGCUGAAGACUCACUAUGAGGAGGAUGAAUUGGGACACACCGAAAUACCAUUGACCAGGCGAGCAACCUCUCCAGCUCUGACAAAGUCGCCGGCAUUUACCCUUUUUCCUGCAGCACCAACAUCCAAGCCGACUAAGGCACUCCAUAACACAAACUUCCCCCGCCCGAAUGUCUCAUUGCAGCUAUCCAAUGCUACUUCGCAAUCGCCUAACAGAGAAUUGAACGAGAAGUCCAUGCCUACAAAGGACAGCACACUCCCUCAGACAGGGACAUCAUCCAUGGCGACAUCUUCAAGCUCUCGCAGUCAGUGGGUAUCGGAAGGGGCAUCAUAUUUGUCAAUGGUAUCUACAUCGUCAUCAUCAUCUGAUAUUAGUUUAUCAUCCGAGGAGGAUGAAGUUGUGCCAUUCACCUACAAAAAGCCCGUACCGAUCUCUACUGAUGAACCCAUGUGGGAGAUACUGAACCCCACUGCAAAGGCUGAGCCGCCACCAACCAAAUCCAAGAGUCUGCUGCAACCCCAGAGGCUACGAACAAUUCGAUCGGAGGAAUCGUUUGCUGCCAUAACGGAGCAGACUUAUGCCCCUUCAACGCGAAUGACAAAUGAAGAGACGCCCGUUUACCCUAAACAGUCAGAUCCAAAGUCCGAAGCCAGGGUUGAGGCACCAUAUACCGAAUUCAUGACCCCCCCACAACCCCAAAGACUCCAUAUAACCCGGCCCGAGGAACCCUUUGUUUCAGCUGCACAAGGACCUCACAAUUUCCCCCCCAAACAUAUGGCAUCGGAAGAGCUGCAACCCCCGCCCACCAAACCGCAUCCAGAAUCCAAACCAAAAUCUGAGCCAAAACCUAACAAACCGAUCCGCCCCCACCCAAUAAUUGAUAUUGAACAGUGGCUGCCGCAGUUGCGGCCACCACCUCCUCAGCGAGAACCGCCCACACCACCUCCAGCUCCAUCCCCCACCAUUGCUCUGCCGCCCGUCCCAGUCCAACCACCACACGCACAAGCCCGGAUAAGGCCAAAACCCAAGUCCCGACCACCCCCGAGCACCAAAAUCAAUCCCAACCGCCAAGCCAUGAAAACCAUCGAAGUCUCAGUCGCGCGUUCAGUUUCCGUGACAAAACAACCAAAGCAGGUAAUCGUGCCGAUGAGCGCGAUGCGAAGUGAUUCGUUGCACCAUUCUGAUGAGCGAUUUGGCGACAAGAGGUCGGCUACGCCUAUGCUUAUUUCGGCGCCAAGGGGCCACGAGCGGGAGAAGUCGCAGGCAGUUCCGAUUGAAGUUGCGGAGCCGGAGUUUAUAUAGUUAUUUAUUUUGGGGUAUUGGAGUAUGAUUGGCGGGAAUCUUUUUUUUUUCUUUUUUUUGUUUGUUUGCUUUGGGGGGGGAGGGGGGCCGGGCCGUGAUGGAUUUCUAUUUUUGGACGGUGAAAGCUUGAUUAUGGAUGAUUUUUGUUAUAUAUGUUCUGUGUAGCUAGCGGUUUUGCGUUGGACGGGUAUCGUGUUUGGGCAUCCUAACGGAUGUUUUGAAAUAUAAAAAGAAUACAAUGAUAUUAUAGUAGUGAUCCUGGAAAGGCGAUGGUUAUAUUCUCUAGAGAUUCUCAUCGUUAACUGCAAACUAACGUGGCGUCAAACUGGGGACAAAGAAGUUGACACUCUUGAGAUACCUUGAUGCAACAUCUCAUAAAGAAAGUG